GGGGAGCGCAGGUGUUGCCAUAGCGACCAUUUUACGUUAACUAGUCCGUCGCUAUCCUCCAGGUGACAGGGCCACUGCGGGGGGCAAUUCUUCACCAGUUUGCUCUCAGCUCCCUGCGGUCGAAGGGCCUUCGCUGGCUCCGGGGGGUCUGGCCUCGGGUCCCGCGGCGCUCCGCCCGGCCGGAUGGCUGCGGAAGAAGAGGACGAGGUAGAAUGGGUGGUGGAGAGCAUCGCGGGAUUCCUGCGAGGCCCGGACUGGUCCAUCCCCAUCUUGGAUUUUGUGGAGCAGAAAUGUGAAGUUUUUGAUGAUGAAGAAGAAAGCAAAUUGACCUAUACAGAGAUUCAUCAGGAAUACAAAGAACUAGUUGAAAAGCUGUUAGAAGGUUAUCUCAAAGAAAUUGGAAUUAAUGAAGAUCAAUUUCAAGAAGCAUGCACUUCUCCUCUUGCAAAGACCCGGACAUCACAGGCCAUUUUGCAACCCGUGUUGGCCGCAGAAGAUUUUACUAUCUUUAAAGCAAUGAUGGUCCAGAAAAACAUUGAAAUGCAGCUGCAAGCCAUUCGAAUAAUUCAAGAGAGAAAUGGUGUAUUACCUGACUGCUUAACAGAUGGUUCUGAUGUGGUCAGUGAUCUUGAACAGGAAGAGAUGAAAAUCCUGAGGGAAGUUCUUAGAAAGUCAAAAGAAGAAUAUGACCAGGAGGAAGAAAAGAAGAGAAAAAAGCAGUUAUCAGAGGCUAAAACAGAAGAACCCACGGCGAAUGCUGAUGAAACUGCAAAAAUGAGUAAUUCCCAGGGGGAUGGUGAACAUGAUGCACACCCACCCUUAGAAGCAAAAGUGCAUUUUGCUAAUUCAGCAGUGGAACCUUUGGCAGGAAAACUGGAAAUGUUGCCUGAAACAUCUUCCCUCCCACAAAAAGGCCUGAAGAUUCCUGGCUUUGAAUAUGCAAGCACUGAAGGACCAAUAGCAAAUUUAUCAACACUUGGAACAGAAGAGCUGCGGCAACGAGAGCACUAUCUCAAGCAGAAGAGAGAUAAGUUGAUGUCCAUGAGAAAGGAUAUGAAGACUAAGCAGAUGCAAAAUACAGAACAGAAGGGAAAACCUGCUGGGGAAGUAGAGGAAAUGACAGAGAAACCAGAAAUGACAGCAGAGGAGAUGCAAACAUUACUAAAGAGGAGAUUGCUUGCAGAGAAACUUAAAGAAGAAGUUAUUAAUAAGUAAAUUUAAAACCAAUUUAGCAAAAGAGAAAUGAAAACUUUCUUAAAAAUAAAUUAUUUAAUCCUUACACUGAA